AGAACACACACGAGCAAAAACAGAAAAGACUUGUUCAUUAUUUCAUUCAUUUAUUCAGAUGCCUCUGACGACUUGUUUCUGGGCCCUGCUUUCCUUGAAUGAGCUCAGUUUCAUCUAUCUACCGGCCUCAGUAGGAGAUAAAGAAGUCCUGGGUGGAAGAACAAUCCGAGAUCUCUUGCUUAACAGAUCUCUUCUUGACUUCGUACACCACGAAGAAGUAGAUCUCGCAAAAUCCGAUCUAUCUACUUUUGUUCGCAUGAAAACCCUCGCUGGCUCUGUCACAAGAUGUCGGCUCCGCUCGUUUGCAGACAUAGCCUUGUGUAUUCACCGAUCGAAGGACCUGUCACAGCCAUGUGCUUAUAAUGCAUUCCCGGACAAAGACGGCCAUAUGCCAACAAUAUCUUUCAAUGGUGAAACCAAAGACAAGGAAGCAACGUGGGAUGUAAUUGAUGUAGUCAUGUACACUGCAUCUGAAAACGUCGUUCUUGCCUUUUUUCACAGUACAGAGUACUUUCACAGUCAAGAAGCCAUGAGCACUCUUUGUGGUGAAAGCAUUUUUAGAGAACAGGACAUUCAACAAAUGAUGGACGUGUUGCAGAAAUAUUCUUACGACGACCUUGUUUCCUCUAACAGCCAAUUAGAGAAAAAGAUAAAAGAGCCAUUAAGGGUUUUUCAGAUAUACAACAGCACAUCCCACGAGUUGCUAGCCUCCUGGCCCCCACAUUUUGACUCUAAUUGUGAUACAACUCCCAGCAGCAGUGGUAGCGGUAGCGGUAGCAGUAGCGGUAACCACAGACCACCUUCGAACCCUAUUCCCUAUACUUUUUUGCGCGACGCAUGUGUGCCACAAUUGAUUAGCAAGGUGACCGAACUCACCAAAAACGCCACAUUGAGAGACAUUAGCGGCGAUGAACGACAGGGGGUUGAAGAAGUGGCCUGUACACACCACCUUCACUCCAGUUCGAUGGUCCAUCUUGGUUUACAUGGCAUGGUCCGAUUUGAGAGAAUAGUUAUACCUUAUGGAGUCCUUUCAUUUGGCUCCCACCAAAUCACCCAGAUAAAUCACAAUUCCACUACAGAUCUUGGCCAAUAUCACCACUACAUGCAUUGCGCCCCCAGUACUAUUCCUGACGACACAACUUAUCUUAGUGGGGUUAUCAGUAAUCCUAAUUCGACCGCAGUUCUUCAUAGGCCCUGCCUUUCAGAACCACAUUCGCCUGUGGUGGUCGUACCCGAUCCUGCCCUGACGCCUCUCUACCAUCCUGCCCUCCCUUCGCCCACGAUAUCUCCUUCUUUAGCAAUAAACCCUCAUCGUCACCGCCCAUUUGGCCGUCAAUCAGAGGACCCUCCGCCAUCUGGAACCAAUUCACCCGUUACGCUCGCGUACCCAAUGUCCUUACGUAGUCCGGAACCAAGUCCUAUUGCCCCAAAAAUACCAAUUUCAACAAUAUCACCAAAACUGCCAGCUGGACACGUACCAGAAGAAAGGCAAUGGUUGCAUGUACGGUCUCUUUAUGACCCGAUCCUUGACCAACAGACUGCAAAGGUCUGCGUAAGGUGUAACACGAGCUCAAGUCCUGAGUGGCGCCGUGGUCCGAACGGCCACAAAACGUUGUGCAAUGCAUGUGGUUUGAGAUAUUCUCGCUUGCUCUCAAAGCAGUGGCGAAAAUCAGAACUUGAACGGUAUGGACCAGAUGGUCUUUCAAAACCCACCAAGAAACCCUCUGACCAAAAAGACUCAUCGAGAAGAAAGGCUGGUAAGCGUACACCUCCUUAAAAAAAGUUCUUCAUUUUGGACACUUUUGCCAAAUAUUAUUAUUAUUUUUAUUUUUAUUAUUUUGUCUGUUUUACUUUGAUUUCUUCCUUUCUUUGAUUCAUUUUAUUUUGUAUUCCAUUCCAUUUCUUCUUCUUUAAAUCUAUGCCCCACCCAUUCUUUGUAAACAAUUUAUGUUCUUUCACUUCUUUAAUAAUUCGCAAAGAAGCUCUAUAUUACCUAUCUACCUAUCUACCUAUAACAUUCUUAUGAAUACUUUAAUUUUUAUGUCACCAAGAAUAAGUGUGUAUAGUAAACCAAAUUCCAGUAAUUUUUAUUUUUAUUUUUAUUUCUCUUUUCCUUUUCAUUAUUAUUAUUGUCAUUAUUAUUAUUCCAAGUAUGCAAGUUUGAUUUUAUUUUCCUAUAUAAAUUUUCCUUAUAAAAAUCUAUAUCUAUUUCUGUGCACGCAUUAUUUUUACCAGUAGAAAUAAAAAAGGCAAUCAAAACA